AAUGGAACUUUACUAGACCAAGAAACGUUACUAAGGAAUGAAACGUCAUUAGUCAAAGACACGUCACUGGUGAAUGAAACGUCAUUAGUCAAAGACACGUCACUGGGAAAUGAAACGUCAUUAGUCAAAGACACGUCACUGGGAAAUGAAACGUCAUUAGUCGAAGACACGUCACUGGGGAAUGAAACGUCAUUAGUCAAAGACACGUCACUGGGGAAUGAAACGUCAUUAGUCAAAAACACGUCACUGGGAAAUGAAACGUCAUUAGUCAAAGACACGUCACCGUGGAAUGAAACGUCACUAUUCACAGACACGUCACUGGGGAACGAAACGUCAUUAGUAGAAGACACGUCACCGGGGAACGAAACGUCAUUAGUAAAAGACACGUCACUGGAGAUCGAAACAUCAUUGGUAAAAAACGCGUCACUGGGGGAUGAAACGUUA